UGUUAAUUGUUAUAUCUGUCAAGAGAUAAAAAAUUGUCAUAUUAUAUGAUUUAAGAAAUAAACAUUUGUUUUGCAAUGAUUUGCUCAUAAAUUGUGGCCAAUAAUACUUUUACAAAUAAUAGACUUUAGCUCCAAAUAAAAAUUACCAUUACUCAAGUAACAAAGAAAACGUAGAUUGACUCCACAAUAAUGGAUUCUUGCUUAGGAGUCGAACAGGAUUUGGACAAAGCCACAUCAAAAUUCACAGCAUUAAAUGACAAUACAAACAAAAUAUUAGAUGACGUUAUUAAACAAGUCGAAGAAUUGAGGAAAGAAAUAUGUAAACAGCCACCAAACACAGUUUUGUCACAGUCUCAAACAAAGCUCGUUAAUGAUUUGGCUUCUUCAGUGAAACAGACAGUAUUCCAAUUGUCUACGGAUCACAGGGAGCUUCAUGCGACAGUGUCGAGAGUGGGCAAGUCUAUUGACAGACAUUUUAUAGCAGAUUAUGCAGCGGUUGCACCGAAAGCGGAGUCAUUCUGUUCCGAUACAAACAGACCGAUUAUGGAACAAGCUAUAGCACAGCAUUUAUACAGACAGGGCUUGGAGGAGGUGGGUGAUACUUUGGUUUCCGAGGCUCGUGUGGUGAACGCUGAACGUGGUAGUACCUUCGCGCAGCUUCAGCGAUGCGCUGCAGCGCUAACGGCCGGCGACCCAGCGCCCGCCCUGGCCUGGGUCGCUGCUCGAGAACACGACUUACAACACUCACCGCUGCCUUUUGUAUUACAUAGGAUGCAAGCUCUUAAGUUAGCGCGUGAGGAGGGCGUGUCAGCGGCCAUCUUGUACGCGCGCGCUCAGUUCCCGGCGCACGCGGCCCGUCACGAGCGCCAGCUCCAGGCCGCUGUAUGUGCGCUGGCCUGGUGUACCCCCGCGGCGCCGCCCCCGCCGCAGCAGUACGCACACCUGCUCGACCCGCGAGCGCUCGGCGCGGAAGCUGCGGAGGUGUUUGUGCGCGAGGCGUGUUCCCUGCUGCGUGUGGCGCCUCACUCGCCGCUGGCGGGGGCUGUGUUGGCCGGCGCUCGUGUGCUGCCCGCGCUGCAUGACAUCCGGGCCAAGAUGUCCCACCCGCACGUGCUGGCGGCCUGGGCUGAUGAUGAACUGCCUCUGGAGGUGGAGUUAGGCGAGGAGGGUGGUUUCGGGGGUUACCACUCAGUGUUCGCAUGUCCGAUACUCCGCCAGCAGGCCUCCGACCACAACCCGCCCAUGAGACUGCUGUGUGGGCACGUCAUAUCACGCGAUGCGCUCAACAAGCUCGCUAUGGGAAUCAAACUGAAGUGCCCGUAUUGCCCCAUGGAGCAGUCGCCGUCUGAAGCCAGACAGAUAUACUUUUCUUGAACACAGAAGUGCUGUUAGUAGAGUUAAGUCUUAUGAAUAAAAACGCAUUGUGCUAAAAUAAAAAAAAAACUUUCUAAAUAUAUAAUAUAUUUAAAUUUCUGGACGUUUAUCGUAAAGUUUUUAAUUUUCCUAGUUAAUGACUGUCGAGUACAUAGAUUAUAAGACCUUUGUAUACAGCGACAUCUGUGGGUUGAUUAACGAAAACACGUAACAGGCAUGUUGAGUUUUACAAGUUUGACGCACAAUGUUAUAUACAAACGAGUCUCCGUCUGUAAAACCGAAGUUUUGCCAGAAGACGAGUUGCUGUUUAAUGAAAUAACGGUUAUUUUGUUUGAUAUAUGAUCUAAGAGUGAAGAGACAUACACAAGCGGCUGAGAAUGAUUGUACUCUAUGGAUACAAUGCGUGGAAUUAGAGUGAAUCGCAAUGAAAUAAAGUGAAGGAAUCCGUGGUAAAUUAGUUGAUUUUUUUUUUAUUUCAAUAAUCAGGUAAAACUCGCGACAGACAGUCACAUCCAGUGCACGGUCACUGGGUCUACAUGAACACAGUUGCUGCAGGAUUUUUUCUAUCAAGUCAUAACAUCUCUCUGUAAGCUAGCGUUCUAUGAUAAUGUUUAGAUGAUAAAUUAAUUAUAGACUUAUAACAAUUUGAGAAUCUGUUGAAUAAAUCCUAGAAAUGUUUAGGAGUCAGAUUUGUUGAGAACUGAAACAUGUAGAUGCUUAACUCGAUGAGGACGAGUAGUUGACUGGAAGGAUUUUUUUAUAUUUCUUUUAAUAUCCAUUUUAAAUGGAAAAUGAUGUAAAUGAUAUCAGUACUUUCAGGAAUUUAACUUCAGAUUAGAAAAAAAGCUUCAAAUACUUGCAAAUAAAUGUCUCGUUAUGUUUACCAAAUUUAUAGACUUUUAUUGUAUAUUUCUGUUGUUAGUAUUAAAUUAUAAAUAUAUAUAUUAUUUAAAAUAUUGAAAGACAAAAUCAAGAUAAUCUUAAUAUAUGAUUUUUCAAUAUUUAUUUGUCAUGGAAAAUAUUUCAAUGGUGUAUCUUCAAAGAGUCUCAACGUCUUAACAAUUCAAUUUCCUUCCCCAACUCCUAUGAAGAUAUAAAUUGUAUGUAAACCCUUAGUACUUAACAGUAAACAAUAUUUUUAAAACUUUUUAUAUAAGAAAAAAAGUCGAGCGGAUGAUGUGAACCUUGUUGGUAUAGUUUUUGCAAUAAAAUAGAUUUUCUAUGGUG